CGUGGACUUUACCACCACCGCACGGCAGAGAGAGGAAAGCCAGAGGGACUGUAUUGUUAAAGGCUAGUAGGUAGCUAGCUCUGCACAGCGGCUCGUGUUUGUGUAUACAUAUUGUGGACCGCAGGCUAUAUGGCUGCAAAUUACGAGCCUAUUUAUGGACUUUCAGAAGACGAGCAUGACACACGUGUGCUGCGGGUUAAAGUCAUCGCAGGAAUUGAUCUGGCAAAAAAAGACAUCAUUGGUGCCAGUGAUCCUUAUGUCAAGCUUUCCCUCUAUGUUGCUGAUGAAAACCGAGAGCUCGCCUUAGUCCAGACAAAAACCAUUAAAAAGACCCUCAAUCCUAAAUGGAAUGAAGAAUUCUACUUCAGAGUGUGUCCACAGAACCACAGGCUGCUCUUUGAGGUGUUUGAUGAAAACAGAUUGGCUACUUCCAAGAAUGGGCUUUUUCACCUCGGACAGACAAGAGAUGAUUUCCUCGGGCAAGUCGACGUUCCUCUCAAUUAUCUGCCGACGGAGGACCCGGCCAUGGAGCGUCCAUACACAUUUAAAGACUUUCUGUUGCGGCCAAGAAGCCACAAGUCCAGGGUGAAGGGCUACUUGCGUCUGAAGAUGGCCUAUUUGCCCAAACAAGGAGGACAAGAGGAGGAGGCUGGAGAGAUGAGGGAGGAGGCUGAGGGUUGGGAUGAGUCUGUGGAUUCAGGCUCCCAGCGGCCUCAGCAGCUGCUGCCUUCUUUACCUCCAGGCUGGGAGGAAAAGGUGGACAACCUGGGACGCACCUACUACGUCAAUCACAACAAUCGCUCUACACAGUGGAAACGGCCUUCCAACACGGACGUGAUCUCAGAAAUUGAGAGCGACAAUCAGCAGCGACAAAUCCACCAAGAAGCACACCGUGUUUUCCGAGCCAGGCGCCACAUCAGUGAAGACCUGGAAAAUGAACGCCUGGAUUCCAGGGAGAUGGACAAUUCCUGGGAGCUCAUCACAGAAGAGGAUCCCAACGACAGCCUGGCCCAGUCUCUGCCUGGUCCCUCCUCCGCGUUGACCCCACAGCACUCGCCGACACCUGUUACUCAGGAGUUCUCUGAAGAUCUCAAUCUCCGGCUGUCACUCACUCCUGCCACCAACGGUGAAGUGCCAGGGCCCAGCACCUCUCUGAGCCAGCUGUCAAACAGACUCCGUUCCUCCAGUAUGACAGAUGGCGUCAGCGAUCAGACCCAGGCUCCUCCUUUAACGCAGAGUUCCCAGACCAGAAGAACCAGAGCUCAAACAGUCUCAGGUGGUGAGGAGACCAUGUCUCCCUCGGCAGCUCCUUACACCUUGACCACCCCCGGCCUGCCCCCUGGAUGGGAGGAGAGGAAGGACGCCAAGGGGAGAACUUAUUACGUCAACCAUAACAACCGCACCACUACUUGGACUAGGCCAAUUGUGCAGCUGACCGAAGACGGAGCCAGCACCUCAGCAGCAGCAGCAACAACUUCAGGAGGAGCCUCGGCACUGGCAUCUGCUUUCACCCCCUCCUCCUCCUCCUCCAAUGCUCCCAGCAACCACCUCCAGGAGCCCCAAGUCCGACGACCUCGUAGCCUCAGCUCCCCCACCGUCACCCUUUCCACCCCUUUGGAGGGUGCCAACAACAUCCAGGUGAGAAGGGCUGUGAAAGACACACUCUCCAAUCCUCAGUCCCCUCAACCGUCCCCCUACAGUUCCCCCAAAUCUCAACACAAGACACAGCAGAGCUUCUUGCCCCCAGGCUGGGAGAUGAGAAUAGCUCCGAACGGACGGCCGUUCUUCAUCGACCACAACAGCAGAACCACCACCUGGGAGGAUCCCAGGUUGAAGUAUCCGGUCCAUAUGAGGAAUAAAAACUCCAUGGAGCCUGGUGACCUUGGUCCUCUUCCUCCUGGAUGGGAAGAAAGGGUUCACACAGAUGGACGCACCUUUUACAUAGAUCACAAUACAAAGACCACACAGUGGGAGGACCCCCGUUUACAGAGUCCAGCUAUCACGGGACCUGCUGUUCCAUACUCCAGAGAAUUCAAACAGAAGUAUGACUACUUCAGGAAAAAAUUAAAGAAACCAGCUGACAUCCCCAACCGAUUUGAGAUGAAGCUCCACAGGAACAACAUCUUCGAAGAGUCGUAUCGUCGAAUCAUGUCGCUGAAGAGACCGGACGUCCUGAAGGCGCGGCUGUGGAUUGAGUUUGAAUCUGAAAAAGGAUUGGAUUACGGCGGCGUGGCCCGAGAGUGGUUCUUCCUUUUAUCUAAGGAGAUGUUUAAUCCAUACUACGGCCUGUUCGAGUACUCCGCUACGGAUAAUUACACUCUCCAAAUCAAUCCUAACUCCGGCCUCUGCAACGAAGAUCACCUCUCCUAUUUUAAGUUCAUUGGUCGUGUGGCGGGAAUGGCCGUGUUUCAUGGAAAGCUGUUGGAUGGUUUUUUCAUUCGACCGUUUUACAAGAUGAUGCUGGGAAAACAGAUUUCUCUCAAAGACAUGGAGUCUGUGGACAGUGAAUACUACAACUCACUAAAGUGGAUUCUGGAAAAUGAUCCCACUGAGCUUGACUUGAGGUUUUGCAUUGAUGAGGACAACUUUGGACAGACGUAUCAGGUGGACCUGAAGCCCAGCGGCUCAGACAUGGUGGUCACCAACGACAACAAAAAGGAGUACAUAGACUUGGUCAUCCAGUGGCGAUUUGUCAACCGGGUUCAGAAGCAGAUGAAUGCGUUCUUAGAGGGCUUCACUGAACUCAUUCCUAUUGAUCUGAUCAAGAUUUUUGAUGAAAACGAACUGGAGCUGCUCAUGUGUGGUCUCGGUGACGUGGACGUCAACGACUGGAGGCAACACACUGUUUACAAGAACGGCUACUGUCCCAACCAUCCAGUUAUACAGUGGUUCUGGAAGGUUGUGCUGCUGAUGGAUGCUGAGAAGAGAAUCCGUCUCCUUCAGUUUGUUACAGGGACGUCACGAGUGCCCAUGAAUGGCUUUGCUGAGCUCUACGGUUCUAACGGUCCUCAGCUGUUUACGAUCGAGCAGUGGGGGACGCCAGACAAAUUACCAAGAGCUCACACAUGUUUCAACCGCUUGGAUUUGCCCAGCUACGAAUCAUUCGAGGACCUGAGAGAGAAACUCCUCAUGGCUGUAGAGAACGCUCAAGGCUUCGAGGGGGUCGACUAAAACUUUUGACUGAACACGGCAACAAAUAAAGCAAAAGUUAAAAACCAACAGGGACAUCAAACCAGCUGCUGUAGCAGUUCUGUGCGAGCAUGUUGUACUGUAAUGCCUGACUAUGAGCCACCUCCAUGGCGCAGGGGUUUCUGACUGUACAUUGACUUGUCGAGCCAAUAUGCCUGCGUGUUUGUAUCUUUUCAAUGUGUGUGUGUGUGUGUGUGUGUGUGUGUGUGUGUGUGUGUGUGUGUGUGUGUGUGUGUGUGUGUGUUGGGUGGGGGAGGGUGUCACUCCGUAGAGAUGCAAGGGGAAGAAAAAGGAACGUCGUUCUGUUUCAAUGCAGAAAUCUCUCAUCCACAGACGUGAUGGAUAAACGACUGCAGCUGGCCCCUGAUUCGGUGUUUCUUCCCCUCUUUCCUUGGCCCUGAGAGAAAUCUGCUGUGCUGGAAAAUACAGAUGCAUUUCUACAGCUUCUUUUAUUUACACUGUAGCACAGUAAUCAAGCACCCUUCGGCAGACGGGGGACUUAGCUUGGCCUUAAUCUGGCUCUGACAUGCACUAUUUCUCCAAGAAACUGCAACAGCACUAUGAUCACAACUCGUUUUUUUUUUCUCAAAUAUUUAGCCCAACACCAGAUUACCUUAGGAAUGCUAGCCAACCACAUUUCAGGAAAUCAGACACACGCAACCCUCCGUAAAGCCUUGUCUGUGCCGUAUUAUCAGAUAUUGCUGCAGCAACCUUUGUAGACUUGAGUUUCGUUUUUUUUUUCGUGGUGGGGAAUUUAAAAACGAGGCUUGAGAGGAUCUCAUAAUAUGACUUUUUUACACUAAUUUGUAUAAUUCUAACUUCAAACAGAUUUCCUUUAAAUAAUAAUUUCUUUAACUCUGACAGAUAAAUACUCUUGUGUAUUUGUACUGAUGAGCUAUGUUCUUUACUGUUUCAACGACUGGACAUGACAUGUGAAGUUUAAAUCUGGUUUAGUCUGAGAAAUGAUUGUCAUUUGUUACAGUGAUAGCAAAUGUGGUAAAGUUUUUUUUAUUGUAGUGCUUUUGAAAGCAGCAUGAAGUUGUAACGUGUUUGCUUUGACUACAUACUAAUUUGGAAGUCGGUCUUGAGGCCAUGAAGGGAAAACCAUGGGUAGUUGCUCUGAAUGCAUUAUUAUUAUUAUUAUUGUUAUUAUUAUUAUUAUUAUAUUAUCAUGCCUGUUGCUGUUCAUAAUGCUGUAAAUUGUUCUUGGAAAACAAAAACAUUUUAAGUUCUGUCAUAAAAUAUAAAUACAUGUACGUAUUACAUUUAACAGAAGUAUUACUGAUCAACACUAAAAUGAAGCUGUGUAUGAGUGAAUGCUGGAGUGAAAAGCUGUGAUUACCGCUGAACAUAAAGCAGCAUGUUUCCUACUAAGAAAAAAUGUCUUCUUUUUUUAUGUUCUUCCUCCUUUUUCUAACACUAUUGAACCUGAAGGGCACUUUAUAGAUCACUUUGAGCUUAUGUCGCCUGAUGUCUCGUCAUUUAUUGAAUGUUCUUUCCUUUCCAUUCAGAGCACUUACCUGGUGCAAUAUAAACAGUCUGUAAACCUAAGCUGCUACUAUAGUAGACAAGUGAUGCUGAGUCUUUAUAUCCUUAUUUUUCAUUUCUCCGUUUUGUCUUUUUGACCUCUUUGUAUUUUCCUCCCUCAUGUUUCUUCCUUGGUAUCACCACUCUGACUGACUUUGUACAGAUGAUUUUUUAGCAGGUUUUAGUUUCAACCAAUGAGAAGAAAUAAUUUUUGUUAAUGAUUCCACUACUUUCUGCAACUCUGUGGUUCAUUUAAUUUUAGUCAAAUAAAAUAAACUUCCUAGGC